CGAGCUGCAUCGAGAAGGGAGACCUCAGCUAUCUGAGGAAUCUCCAGCAGGAGUCAGAGAUACAAUCCCUCAUCUCUGCCCAAGCCGAGGAGGGGGCAGAGGAGAGCAGCCCACGGGUUAUGCCAGGGGCUAACAUGCAUGUCUUGCCAAAUAAAGGACAAAUGGAGAAAGCUAUUGCAGGAGGUGAGCCAGGGGCUGUGGAGGGAGCAAAAAAGGGAUUUGUAUGUGAAAGCACGGGCAGAGAGGGUGUGUUAGAGAGAGAGGCUGUGCAUGCAGCAGGUGUGACAGGCACCACUGUGCAAUGUCUUGGGAAGUCCCUGCCCACAGCCAUGGGAAAGGAAGAAGUUCUGUCCGGAGGGCUGAAGGUGACCACAAAGUCAAUCCAAAGGGUUGCAGAUGCCAGCAAGAAGGCAGAGAAAGAAGAAACCACCACUGCACAUUUGAAAGAACCAAAAACUAUGGUAAAAGGCACAUUUCCAACCCAAGUGACAGCUCAGAGGGCAGAAGUGGAUGGGAAACAGCAGAGUGUGGUGCCUGGGCAGGCCAGCCAGACUCAGACAGAAGAAAAGGCUCUGGGGACUGACCUUCAGGCUGCAAUGCAAAGCCUGAGGCUGGCAACAGCAGAAGCAAAAAACAUUCAGCACCACGUUCAGAGCAAGUUCCAGAGAAACAGGGAGGAGGUGCACACAGCCUGCAGGCAGCAGACAGUCAGCUCACAGGGCACCACGACCCUCCAGUCGACCGUACACCAGCAGGACUCUUCAUCCAGCAAGCAGGAGAGCAGCAGCACUGCCACCAAGACCACCACCACCAGAGUCCAGGAGGCAUCCAAGACCCACACAAGCGUGUCUCAGAAGAGCAUAGCAUCACACAAAAAGUUGCUGUGAUGAAAGCAGAGCAUUGCCCACCCUCAACUAAAGCAGCAAGAGAAGGUGCCCUUCCAUUACCAACCAGCAAAGAUGAAGCCCCAGGAUGUUCUGCACUACUCCAGACCCCUCUCCCUUCUCUGUCCUGCAAACCCAGUGACCAGAGUCCUGCAGAGAAGCCCAGGCCUCCUCCAAAACCAGAAACUACUGCCCCACCCAGGAAAAAACCUAUUCCCCCUCCAAAACCUGAGCACCUUUUACAUGAGGCACAUUCUGCCUCUGCAAAUAACAGCACAAGCAGAUCAACAAAACCCAUCCCACCACCCCUGCCUCCAAAACCUUCAGGCUUGAGGGACAUCAGCAAGCCAAGGUCUUCCCCCACAGAGCUGGGAUUAAACUGUAUGGAAGUUCAUGAACAAUCAGGCUAUGAGGAGGUUCAAGCAAAAUGCUGCAAUCUAGAGACAUCUGUGAAGAAGACUGUCACAGUUCAGGGUAUAAACCCUGAGAGAAAGAUGCCAAAAUACACUGCCAAAACCCCUCUUCAAAUAGCGGAAGAAAGGUACAAGGCCAGCAAAGGAGGACAAGGAAAGGUAGAACCAGACAGUGCUGAGACCUCAAAGCCAAUGAAAAAUGGAGUGGUUGGUUUUGAAGUCAAGCAAGGAGUGAUGAGUGAUAAAGCAGCUGCUCCAAGGAGAUUCCCAGGAGAGGUGGCUCAAAGGCAGGGAGAGCUGUGCCAAGAGAAGAAUGGGUGCUCUUCACUGUCACCUCCAGCCUGUCCUGGCAGAGCACAGGCACAGGAUGUGCCAGGAAAAACUGAGCCAAAUACCCCUCCAAAAAGAGGAGAUGGCACUGCACAAAAUGCCUCAUCCAAGGUGGAAAGGGAAAGUGUCUCUAAUUCUUAUGGAUUGUGGGAUAGUCAGAGAGUCGUGCAGCAGGUGCAUGAGAGGAGGCAAACGUCUCAUUCAAUGUCCUUCCAUCAGCAGGCAGUGAACUCCUUAGAGGAGCACCAGCAGGGAAACAGCAGGCAGCUGAAAUGUCCUGACAGGGAGGCAGAGACACCUGCCCAGGAGAAGCCAGAGGUCAUUAUGAGAGAGAAAAAAAAGAGAGAAACGGAAGAUGAGCGUCGGAAGAGGUUGUCAGUACACAAAGAGGAGAUCAUGAAAGGCAAUGUCAAGGAGGCUAUGGAGAUCUUUGAGAACCUCAGGAGACAGGAGCAGCUGCAGGAGAUCUUGACCCGAGUGAGGGAGUUUGAGGAGGAGACAAGCAAGGUGGAUGUGAAAGCUCUCAAGAGCUUCUUUGAGAAGGUCCCCGAGUGGGUUGUGCGCCAGAAGGCAAGGCAGCAGGACAAGGCUGAGGCAAAGGAGGACGCUGACAGUGCCCCCUCCGUGGAUCUGGUUUUUGAGGACCUGGAGAGAGCAAGUGCUGAGAUUCUCCACUUGAAGGAGCAGACGCUUGCCCGCAUCCAGGACAUCGAGGAGGCCAUCAAGAAAGCCAUUUAUUCUGUUUCUAGCCUCAAGUCUGAGUCAGACAUUGCUGGGCUCUCAGGGCUGUUCAAGGAGUCUCUGGGGAGCGCCCAAAGCUCUGUGAGCAGUAGCAAUAUCCGUAAAAUCAGUAUUGUUUCCAGCAAAGCCAGGCAAGAGGAAGUCGUGCUGGAGACAGGGGGAGCAGCAUCUGUGGAAAGCGCAAAGGUGGCAGAAAAGACAGAGGCAGCCAAAGCAGAGCUCGAGGUGCCCCGCCUCAUUCAGUCUCGUGUCAGCUCUCCCUCCUCUCCUUCCUACAUCACCAUCGAGUCUGCUGCCAGGAAACCAGCAGAAUCAGCCAGGACAGCACAUUCCCCCCAGGAUGGCGCUUCACCAGACUGUCUUGACUCUCCAGGAAAGAGGGAUGCUUUUGCUCAGAACAGCUUUAGCUCCUAUAACCACCCCUCAGCAGGGUCUGCUGGGCACGACAAGAAACCCUUGGAGAAGAAGCCAGACCCCGUCCAAACAAAAGCUGGGCUGAGCUCCAUGAAACAGCACACGCCUGGCAAUGCCAACCAUGCAGGCAGUGACAAAGAGAAGGGCUCUGUGGACAGCUCCAAAGAGAGCUGCCACUGCGGGGUGAAAGGCAGCUUUUCGGAAUACCGCUCCCUGAACGUCCCCAGCCCACAAAACCCACGGAGGCAGAAAAGCAUCCUGGAGCUGCAGACAGGGCCUGAUGGGUCCAAGCUCUACGGGGCCACCCGGACUGUCAUGGAGCAGUAUGAGGAAAUGGACCAGUUUGGAAACAAAAUCAUCACUUCGUCCACCACAGUCACCAAGCAAUCCGAGACACAAACGUCAUCCACAUGCGACGUGGUUUCUCAUCCCCGCUAUGAGGUGUCUGCCUCACCUGUGUUUCGGAGGUACCUGAAGAGCCCAGGUGAAGAUUUCCACACCAAUGGGAGUUUUCAGGAGCCAGGAGUGGUCUUUGUCACCUUUGGCAACUCCAAGCCAAAGAAAUAGGAGGUUCUGGAGAACAAGAGAGGAUUGUGUAAGACAAAAGAGAAAGGCCAUGAUAAACAUUUCUCCUGUUUCAUCCACAUUACACACAGGGAUUUGCCUACACCUUAAGGACUUCUCAGGGUCAUUGUCUUGGUGUUUGCACACAGGCAGGACAGUGCAGCCUGCCCUGACACUGGAGAACAGCCCUCACCUGGCCAACAUGACAGACUUGGUGCUGCACCACAACCCAGAGUCCUGGCACUGUUAGAAGCACAAGGGAAAAAUCCAUCCAUGGGCACCUUGGGGUAAUUCCCCUAGAAUGUUUGGUGGGGGUUGGAGGUGUUGGAUCAGGCUUCUCUGAACUACUGCAGAAGGAAGGAUAGGUAGGAACAAUUAAAGAACCAAUCAAUCUGGUCAUUGGCAAGCAAACACCUCUAUGGUACCUUCUUUUUCUAAGAAGGGCAUCCUACACACACACACACACAUAUAUAUAUGCAAGCUCAUAUUGAUGGGUGGGUUGGAUAGGUUUUCUCUUAGUCAUUAAGAAAAGAAAAGGAAAAAAAAAAUCUUGAGUUGUUGUCACUCUUGGACUUGGGGGAGUUAUUUAUCAGUUUGUUUUUCAGUUCCUGGAAAGUGUUUGAUGAUACUGGAAAUUGUAAAGCCAAGACCUACAGCUACUAUCAAUACCAUUCCCCCAAAGAAAGAUGCUAUGAAAGAUUCUUGAGUCAGAAUGGUUACUGCUUUCUUUUCUUUAUUUCUAGAAUUGUAAUUUAUUAUUCAGUAUACACAAACCCCUUAUUUUAGAUUUUCCAUGCUUUCCUACAUGUUUACUGUUUAAACUCAUUUUGAGACUUUGUAAAGUGGUUUUUCUUAUUAUUAUGACUUUGUUUUGUACAUUCUCAACUCAAGAUUUUAGAUUUUUGUGGGUUUUUUUUUUUUAACUUCUUUUGCUGCGUUCUGACGGUAAACUUUACCUCUG